AUGUGGGGGCCACUGACCGAGCUUUCUCACCAUUCUGAGAGAUCGCAGUCCAUUGCUCACGGUGGACAGCGGCAGCCAAGACUAGCAGCAAAAUACCGCAAACCUUCACAUGGACACUGCUCCGCAAGAUUCUUCAGCUUUAAAACGCUGGAACCAGGCGCGCAGACCGCUCAGAAGGGGCUUCAGUGCCGAAUACUUGACUUAAGUUUCGGUAAAAUGUCGCUGAAUCGCUUAGUAUGUUACGCUUUUCUGCUGAUGGCAUUCUUCUCCUGUAUUGUUGCGUUGCCAGUGAUGCUUGGUGAAGAUCUGGUUGAAACUCCUUCUGGUCUUUCUUAUCUUCUUAAGAGAAGAGAUGUUGCAUCUGCUCUCCCCUUUGAGCUACCUGAGCACCUAUUAAAAUCGAUGUUGAAGUACAGAAGGUAUUGA